UAUCUUGGAUUCUCCAGUAUCUGCAGUUCCUAUUAUCACAGACAUGAGAUUGAUCGCCGUACACAGAUAAACAGAUUCUGUAAAGACUAACCAAUCAUUGUUGGAGGAGGGCGGAGAAUCUAGUUGUUCGUAAAGCGCUCUGCACCAAUAGGCUUGAUUGUUGUUGAAGGGACUGCAGAGCUGAGGAAUGAUCAACGCCACAGAUGUUUAAGUUGGUAAAUCAGGUGCUCGUAAUAUCCAAGGUAAGAGCCUCAUACCAAUGACCCCAGCUUUCUCUCUCUGCAUCUGAAGAAGUGAAGUUAACCUGAGGUCUCCAUGUGUGUCAUCUUCUUCCAGUUUAAACCCCAUGCAUUUUCUGCUUACAGGUUUAUCCUAGCAGCAAAUCGAGAUGAGUACUAUUCCAGACCAACAGAGCCGGCAAAUUUCUGGGGAAACAAUUGUGAUAUUCUAAGUGGACUGGAUAUGGAAAAAGGCAGAGAAGGAGGAACAUGGUUGGGUAUUAGCAAGAAGGGCAAGUUUGCUGCAUUGACCAAUUAUCUUCAACCUGUAAUCAGUCUGAAUGCACAGGGGAGAGGUCGUCUGGUGACAGAUUUCCUGACUGAGGAGGUAGAUGGUUUAACUUACUUAAAUAAAGUAUCUUCAGAAGGGCAUCUGUACAAUGGAUUUAACUUGAUAACUGCAGAGUUUAAUCAUAGACUAUUGAAGAAGAUUGGAAAAGUACUUGAGACAUUGAGAAAGAGCUGCGAUAUCAAAGGAGAUACGAUGUGUUACUAUGGAAAUAAAAGUGGCCAGGAGCCCAAAACACUGGAACCAGGCAUUUAUGGGCUUUCGAACAGCCUUCUUGAUACUCCAUGGAAAAAACUUGUUCAUGGAAAAAAACUUUUCACAGAUACAAUUAAACAAAGCAAUGAACUUUCGCAAGAGAAUUUGGUGCAAGAACUCAUCAAUGUGUUGAACAAUGACGAGUUCCAGUUGCCAGCUCCUGAUAUAGAGGAGCAGGGUCAAGAUUUCAUUCGGCCAAUACUAAAGGAGAUAUCAGCAUUGUUUGUCCGCACUUCCUCUUAUGGCACCCGGACAAACACAGUCAUCCUCGUUGAUGCAAAAGGUCACGUAACCUUCACAGAGCGUACUAUGCUCAACUCUGACGUUAACCAAUGGAAAGUCAGCUCCUUCCAGUUUGAACUUGAGAUUUAACAGCUUUUCAUUCAAUGCACAGUAAAAAAAAGAAAGGAAUGGAGAACAAAGUUGAAUGGAAAUGAAAGCAUACUUCACAGAUCCUGCAGGUUUCUGGGGCAGUAUGGAUGUAAAUGUUUGAUUAAAUCGUACUGCAGCCUAGCAACUGCCAUGCUUUAAAAUGCACAGUAUCUUUAAUGCUUCAUGGUGUUCCAUAUAUUAAUGUUUGUAUGUAUUUCUCAACAAGUGCAUCCGAUUGAAUGUCUGUGCAAAUGUGUGUUCAUUGUAUAUUUGUGUUUGUCUGUGUGCAGUCUCUAUUUAUGUAUUUGUGUGAGUGUGAAUGCAUGUAUUACCUGGAUCUUAUGUUUUUCGCAGGAUGAGCAAGGUGAAAUAGAAAAUGAGUAAUCUGCUCACUCCUGUCUCUGCUCUCACCAUCUCAGUCUAUCCAACCAAGAAUCAGAUGGCCACUUAUUGUCUUUCUGGCAGAGGGUAAUGCUGCCAACAGGAAGUCAGUCACAGCUACAGUCCUUUGUUUGUUGUUGGCCCAAAACAUAUCUAAGAUGAUCUUUUUUUAAAAUCACAUGCUGAUGUUGCCACCUUCCCCAGAAUAAUCUGCUGUUACAUUGAAGCAUGGACCCAUUGUCAGGACUAUUUCUUCUACCCUUGUGUCACUGCAUCUAAUGCCACAAACACCCACCCCCUCUAAAGGCCCAGUGCCUGAGAAAUGAAAUAGGUCACAAAGAUUACAUGAUUGGGUCAUUUCCCAGCUCAAAAUCUUGUUCAUUAGGAAUUAGGCAGUCAGGCCACUGAUUUGCAUGUCUGCUUGUCUUCUGUAAUUUCAGAGACUGUUGUGAUGAUGUUAUGUUUCCAACAAAACAUCAAAACGUUUUAUGUUCACGUAGCAAUGGGUGGUUGGUGGUCUGUCUGAUUUGUGGUUGCAAAAUCUAGCUGUGUGUUUGUGUGUGCAUGUGAAUGUGCAGGUGUGUGACUGUAAGUGUGUGUUUGGAAAGCUGCUUUUAUUUGUUCCAGACAAAAAACCUGCGGAUGCUGGAAUCCAAGGUAGAUAAACAGGAGGUUGGAAGAACACAGCAAGCCAGGCAGCAUCUGGAGGAAAGAAGCAGUCAACAUUCUUUGUUCCAGCUUGAUUAAUAAUUCUACCAUCAUUCAGUGCAAUUGUAUUCUUAGAAAUAAUGCAGGUGAUUUCAGCUUAUUUACUUUUCUUUUAAACAAGUUGACCACACUUUUAUGUGGAAUAUUAGGAUUAAGACAUAAAUGUGAAUUUUUUUUCUCCCUGUCCUCCACAGUUUUCCAUUCCUAUAAAUCUUUGCCCUCCCGUUCACCCACAGUUGUGAGCAAUCGGUGGCUGAUUGCCUAGCUUCUGCUAUAUAACUCAGUGAGCAGCCACAACAGGACAUUUAGGCUAACCAGGUUAACUUUCUGCUGAACGUUUUUACUUUCUGUGACAUGUGGGAUAGGCUUUCCUCAGGGUAAUCUCAGCACUGCUGCAUUCCCAGCAGGAAGGCACUUUGGAACAGAAAGUGGCUGAGUAAGUCAUGACAGCACUGUUAGUUCCCUAUCACACAACCUGUGUUCCUGUCGGGAACUUGCUUCAAGCUGCACUCAGGGAUCGCAUUAUUAGUAUAAUAUGCUGUUCUUGAGACUAAAGGAUGUAAAUUAUAAAGAAGGAAACGUUAUUAUGGAAGUGUAUUAAAAUUGUUGUCAAUUGAUUUUUCUUAAUCUUUCAAACAAGGGAGAGAAAAAUGACAGCCUUCUCCAAGAACAAAUGGUAUUUAUUGUCAAUUCUAAAAGUGAAUGAGUGACUAUAUUAUACUGAAUGUUAUUUUUAGAAAUGCAUUAGAUGCACAAAACAUUUUUGAUUAAUUAUUUGAACAUGCCAACAAUGAAAGUUGACUGUUGGUAGCUGCAGUCUUUCAUUUGAUUCAAUAAAAUGACACAGGAAAAUCCACCCAUAUUAAAUCCAUACACAAGGUGCUGCAAUUCCUGUCUGUGUGUCAUUGUUGAAAGCAGAGUAAAGUACAGAUCCUUCAGAUUAGUUCCAGGGCAUUCUUAGAAACUGUUUUUCUGACUCAGGUCUGUAAUAGAUUUUUAUUGUUGAAUCAUACAAACUAAGGAGGGGUCUCGUGAUUGUUUUCAUAAAGGCCAAAGGUGCUAUGGCUUCAGUUUCAUUCCCCAUUUUGUGCAGUGUUAAUGAUCUUAGUCGACAAGGCAUUAGGAGUGCAGCAGUUUGCAUCAGUGGGAAAAACUGUCUGAAUCCAUGCUUGGUAUGUACUGACACCUGCUGGAAAGUGUGUGUGUCUACGUUUUGAGUGGGUGAGGGUUAAUGGAUUCAUCCUUGAUAACUGUGGGAGGUCAGAUAGGCAGACAACCUGAAUAUAUGACAAAUAAAUAUCUCGAAUGAGAUAAUGGAGGAUGCUCAAUGAUUCUGGAACAAAGAAUCAAUAUUUUCAGGAGCAUAGAACAUUUCUGGCAGAGUUGGGAGAGGGAAGAACUGUAGCUGAUGUGGUAGAAGGCAAAGCCAGCUUGUCCAAAUGAACAAUUCCCAAGUUUCAGUUUUUAAUCUGUCAUUUGGGAAGGCUGAAUCAAGUCGAAGAGACUUAAUUGACUUUAAUUGUGGCUAUUUGUGUUUGAAAUAAGACAAGUGGCGUAGGUGUGGAACAGGUAAUUUCAAACCUCUGAAAUGAAUGCAAACAGUGUGAGGAACAUACCGGAAGGGAAGAUGUCUCUUGGACAAGUCAGAUAUACAUUGUUUUACAGGGAUAAUGAUCAACAUAAGAAUGAAUGGAUUCUUCGGCAACUGCGUGACUCUCAACAGAUGUCAUCUCUUUUUUUCAUAUUUCUAAUUCUGGAAGUCAAGAGAUUGGUUGAAGGGUUUAUCUACUGUCACAGAAACAUUAUUGUGCUGGAAGAAUAAUCUUAAGAAUGGCCUCUGAUCUGUUUGUCCUAUCUGAAUUAAGUCAGAAGUCACACGACACUAAUUUAUAGUCCAACAGGUUCAGUUGUAAUCACAAGCUUUCAGAGUGCUGUUCCUUCAUCAGAUGAAGUGGAAGGAAUCAGCAGUGUUCCAAAAGCUUGUGAUUUCAAAUAAUCCUGUUGGAUUAUAAAUUGAUGUUGUGUGACUUGUGACUUUGUCCACCCAGUCCAGCACUGGCACCUCCACAUUGUAGCUAUAUGAAUUAAGUUAAAUGUGUGCAAUGUUACCAUUCCAUCGAUACUUUUCUUUCCCCCUUCAAUUACUUCUACAAUAAUUAUAGAGGAGAUUGGUUUUUAAAUGCUGCUUUACAUGAUUGAUUUAAUUACCUGUAUUGCUAAUUGGAGCUAUUAUCUGGAUUUAGUUUGCACUGCACUUUGAAACGAGCGGAAAUAGAUCAUUCAACCCCUUGAGUUUAUUCCAACAAUCUAUUAAAUUACGUUGCUAUGUACCACAUUUUGACUCAUCUGCCUUUAUUCCAAUCCUUUGAUACACGUAACUAACUACAAUCUAUCAAAAAUAAUCUUGAAAAUAUAAAUUCAACAGUAUUGCUCACAUUUUGAAGGAGAUGUAGUUUUAGAAUUCACUAAUCCAGCUGGAAACAAUCUUCCUAAUUAUGGCAACUAGUUUUGGAUUCCAUGCUAGAGCAAAUGGUUUCAUUGCAUCUACCAUAUCAAGCUGUAGAGUCAUACAGUCAUACACAACAGAAAAAGACCCUUUGGUCCAACUUGUCUAUGCUGACCAGAUAUCGUAAAUUAAUCACAGUCCUAUUUACCAGCAUUUAGCCCAUAAGCCUCUCAACCCUUCCUUUUCAUGUACCCAUCCAGAUGCCUUUAAAAUGUUGUAAUUGUACCAGCAUCCACCACGUACUCUGACAGCUCGUUCUAUGCACGCACCACCCUCUGCAUGAAAAAGUUGCCCCUUAAGUUCCGUAAUUAUUUUCAAUACCUCCAAUAAGUUGUCCAUCAAAAUCAAUGAAUUAUAAGCCAAGUCUGCUUUCUGAAAUUAGUCCUUUAAGAUAUAGUAGUAUCCUUUGUCUAUAUGCACUGUACCCCUUCCACAAUUAAUGUAUUUUUCCUGGGAUUCAGAACUUUGUUGGAAUCUGAUGAAGAUUCUGUACAACUGAAGCAUCACUUCCUCCACAUUAUAUUCCUCAUUGUGUUGAAGGCCAAUAUUCCAUUACCAUAUUUGAUUGCUUUUCAUACCCAUACAGCAACACAAAAACCUGAAGCCCCUUUAUCCUUCUCAGUUGUGUGACAACAGAACUAUGUGUCUCUAGUGAAUAGUUACAGAAAUUAAAGGUACAUGUCUACAGCAGACUGGCCCAGUUGCACUGGAAAAAAACAUGAAUAGAUUAAAGUUCCAAUGAUUAAAAAUAGUCACAAAGCUUUCAUUUUACAAAAUAAAAAAUGCUGGAGAUCACAGCAGGUCAAGUUUUCUCCCCAUGUGUCUGUCCUCGGCAUGAUACAGUGCUCCAGUGAAUCACAGCGCAAACCGGAGGAAUGACGUCUCAUCUUCAGACUAGGCACUUCACAGCCUUCUGGACUUAUCAAGUUCAACACGUUCAAACUGUGAACUCACUCCCAUUCCUUCCCUUUUUUUUAGGUUUACUUUCUCUGUUACACUCUCUGUCACCAAGUGUUCUCUCCUCUCUCCCCAUCUCAGUUGGACUGUCUGUUCUUUCCAGUCUGGCAAUUAGACACACCAUUGUUCUGCGAUUCUCACAUUCCAAUCAUUUAAGCUGAACUAUCAACAUCCUUUCUCUCCCAGGACUCUAUCCCCACCUCCCAACCUGCACUAUUGCAUAAAUGCUGCCCCCUCCACACUUAACAUCAACUCUGAUGAAGAGUCAUCUGGGCUCAAAACGUUAGCUUGCUUUCUCCCCAUGGAUGCUGCCGACCUAUUGUGAACUCCAGCACUUUUUUGCUUUCAGUACAGAUUCCAGCAUCUGCUAUAAUUUGCUCCUUUCAUUUUUCAAACCCUGGCCUGCUAGAGAAUCAAUUAGCUAUGCCAUCAAUUCAACAUCAUCACAACCAAACAGGUUCAGAAAAAUUUAUUAAUGUAAAAAAUUGUUGGGAGAUAUUAUAUUUUGCUGCAGUAAGUAUUUGUAGCAAACAUAAUUCCAUUUUCUAAGAGAAAAGUAGGUAAAGAUUUUAAGCAGAGGAAGGUACAGAGCUAUGGCAAAGUGGUAAGGCAGAGAAAUUAAUUUUGGACUGCUGUUGCCAAAAGCCAGCACAGCACUGAAUGGCUUUCUCGUGCACUCUUAAGGUUUUGUUGCCUUCUAACUGUUCUGCUUUCUCCUUAUUAGGUUUUCCUUUCCUUUUUUCAUUCUCUUUGAUUUUCUCUCUCUUUUAUAGUUUCGUAUUCAUGACUGACUUCCUCCCUUUAUUUCAACAUGCCUCAUUUCUUUGAUCGUUGUAUAUGAAAAUGAGACUGAAAGCAAACAGAUCAAAAAAAGGGAAAAGUAAUACAAGACAAUGAAUAACUCGUACUUUAAAUGCUGGAGGGAAUAUAUGAGACAGGAUAAAAAUAAGGGAAAAGAAAAGAAACAAGAAGGAAUUGAAAGGAAAAUGAUGAAAUAAAUUGCAACAGAUGAUAGAACAGAUUAGUAAAAGAUAAAUAAAGGUAAAUGAGAAUAGACUAAAACUGAAGAAUAAAUAGUUAAAUUAAAAAUUAGAAUGUCUUAGUACUUGAAAUCAUAACAUCCAGAAAGGUUUUGAAGAUCCAUUUUUAAUGAGAAUGGGAGGAAAUCUGCUUUUCUCAUAGUUAAUGGUAUUAAUGAAAUGAUUUGAUCCGUGCAAAUCCCGAGAGUGCAGUUUCCUUCUCAGAUUACCAAUUGUGAAGAAAAUAUGUCUUUUUUUCAUUACAAAAUGAAUUUCUGACUCAUGGUUUUGUUUUUAUAAAUGUCACCAAUAUAGGAAUCCCCUAGCAUUUGCAUUAAACCUCUUUAUUUUGAAUGGUAAUGGUGUCUCGAAGUUAAAUUACCUUUCCAUUUCAUAAUCUAAAAACUGUCCCCUCAACCUAACUUGUCUUUUCAAAAAACCACAAGUAAUUUUAGCUGCUGCUAUAGUUUCAAAAAUGCCAAGACGUAUACCUUUGACACUAGCAGUUUGUUAUUUUGUAAAGUUCUGCUCAGUUAUAUUCCAAAUGUCAUAUUUUUGUGUACCAAGAAUACUGUAUUAGAUACAGGUAUCAGCAAAUGUCACUGCAGGGAUUUUUUGGGAUGCUUCACUUGAAUUCAGAAUAUAUUGGUGCAAUUCUAGAAUUAUUUCAGUGGUACAAUGUCACCAUUCGUGUGGUCAUAACUGCAACUCUUAGCAUCUUAUUGUUGAAGUUAAUUCAACAGCAUAAACUAAUUUAAUACACAGUAUUUUACAAUUCAAAGUUUAUUUUUCCAUAACAAUGCAAAGUAGAAUUUUGCACUUCCUGAUGAUUGUUCUUAAUUACUAAGUUUGUAAUAAAAUGUUCUGUACCAGUAUCAAUAAA